GAUGUAUUCACUGCCGCUGUGAUCACGCCACGCUUGAAUCCAGUCUGGCGUGGAGUUACGAACGCACCAUAAGAAGCAAUGGUCAUCAGCUCAACGAUUCGAUUGCUUCCUCACAGUCAUGCCAGUCGAUUCCCUGUCCAGAUUCAACUCCAUUGAGUUUCAAAAGAGGCUUGAGCCAUUGCAUUUGGGUAGGAGGGGAUCGCUCAAUAUCGGUACAGGUUUGAUUGUUUUGGGAUUGGGUUGACAAGCGUAAUGGCGAGGAACAGGUUCUCUAGUAAUCGGCGCUCUCCAACGCUGCUGCGGCGGGAACGAGGAAUGCAACCAAGAGCGUCGAUAGAUGGUGAGGAAUGUAGCAGAAUUGCUGGGGAGAAGGAUCCAGCAGGCCACCGGCGUAAUUCACCUUUCACAGCGAGGAUGUCGAAUUCAAUUCAGUCCGGACCAGCGAAAGUCUCUGUUCAGAGAAAGAAUGGAAUCUUCGAGGUGAAAGGCGUUAUGAGCAUAGCCGUGGAUCCUGAUGUCACGUAUGGCAUACUAACCGAUUACGAAAACAAUCCGCGAGUCUUCAAAACCGUCACCAAAGUUGAGGUAGAGGACAAGGAAAAUGUGAAGCUAGUGACACAGCAUGCGAACUGGAACAUCAUGUUGUGGUCGGGCAAAUUCACCAUCAAAUACUGAGGUUGAAGAGGACUGUAGCAAACGCUUAGUUACCUUCAAACUAAACGAACCGGGUUAUUUGAAGCAGUUCAAUGGCUACUGGAGCAUCGAGCCAUGGAUGCAGGAGGCAAAGCAACUGGGUUCCAAAGUCUCCGUGGCUCAGGAAGUCCUGCCUUCCAUUCUUCCACCAGGUCCUUUAGGUGGAUAUGUCUCAAGAAUUCUUGGUAAUCAAAUAAAAUAUGCUCUCCAAGACUUGGCAAUGGCAGCUGAGCAAUUUCAACAUGCUCAUGGAAUAUAAUGCUUAUUAAUUUGUAUUGUUUGAUAGAAACUAAAGUAAAAUCUUUACCGAAAUUGGAUGGAAUUAUUUUAUUGUGAUUAAAAAUGAUUAUUAUAAAUGUAAAACAUCACCAUCAGCAUCAUUUCUGUAUUGUAGAAACUAUCAACUGCACUUCUUUUUGUGACUUAAAAGUUGAUGGUCAUUUUCCUAAUAUUAUGUAGUUGUUUAAUUUUAGUUUAAUUGAUUAUUUUGAACUGAAAAAGAAAAGAUCAAACCUUUUGUGUCCAUUAAAUAAAUUCUUUACUUUUUUCGCUA